UGAAAUACCACAGUGCCCCGUUAGCUGUGUGAAUGUCCGUGUGUUGCUAUAUAAUAGGGAAAAAUCGCUCCACUCGUCUCCUGCUCAUCAUAUAAGCCAGUCUAGUCAGAAGACUUUGUCCUGCCGAAGGUGUUUGCUCAGAGAAAGCCGCUGUUUCUGUAUUUACCCUCGGUAGUGGUCAUGUAGGACACUCAGUGCUGACGAGGUACCGCGACAGAACACAAGGGGAAAUUACAGAAGAGGACAACGAUUUGUUUCUUCCCGGAAAGAAGAAAAAGUUACACUGGGUUGGAACAUCGUGAAGUUUAACCCCUCCCACACAGAUGCUUCCGGCCGACCUGAUUGGUGGGAGUGAUGUGUGAACUAGAUGACCUGGCUGGCCAAUUAGUGGAGCAUGAGAAUGUGCUGACAGCCAGAGCAGCAGUGUUUCUACCAGAGCGUGAGAGGGAGUGGAGGAGAGGAACAGAUCCAGAGGGAGAGGAGGAGGAAGAGGCAGAGGAGCAAAGGGGAGGAAUGGGUGUUGGUAAAAACACCACCUCCAAAUCCAUGGACUCCGCCGCAGAGCCUGGCAAAUAUGAAGAGGAGAACAAACACAGUGCACACUCCUAUCCCAUCCCAGUGGUUAAUGGUGUCGUGCAGACCCCUGGAGAUCAGGACGCAGAGGACACGCAACUCAUGGCCAUUUAUGCAAAAGACAGCCAGACUGAGGACAAAUGCUCCAUAUCAGAGACUGUGGACAGUACAGACAGCAUAGACGCCAGGAGAAUGGACAUGAUAUACACCAUAGAGGACACACCACCUUGGUACCUGUGUGUGUUCCUAGGUUUACAGCACUAUCUUACCUGCUUCAGUGGAACUAUUGCUGUGCCCUUCCUGCUUGCUGAAGCCAUGUGUGUGGGAUUUGACCAAUGGGCAACCAGUCAGCUGAUUGGCACCAUUUUCUUUUGUGUGGGCAUCACCACCCUGCUGCAGACCACCCUUGGCUGCCGGCUUCCAUUGUUCCAGGCUAGUGCUUUUGCUUUUCUCGCCCCUGCAAGAGCCAUCCUUUCACUGGAUAAGUGGAAAUGUAACACAACAGCUUUUCCUUUAUUAAAUGCCACAGAGCUGCCACACACAGAAGACAUCUGGUACCCCAGGAUACGAGAGAUCCAGGGUGCUAUAAUAGUCUCGUCUCUAAUAGAGGUGAUCAUAGGGGCCUUGGGUUUGCCAGGUAUCCUGUUGAAGUACAUCGGCCCGCUCACCAUUACCCCUACUGUCACUCUCAUUGGGCUCUCGGGCUUCCAGGCGGCUGGAGAGAGGGCAGGCAAACACUGGGGCAUCGCCAUGCUAACCAUAUUCCUGGUUCUGCUGUUCUCUCAGUAUGCACGUAACAUCCAGUUGCCGCUCCCCAUCUACAAAUCCAAGAAAGGUUGGACGUCUUACCGCCUGCAGCUGUUCAAGAUGUUCCCAAUCAUCAUGGCGAUCCUUGUGUCAUGGUUUCUGUGUUUUAUCUUCACGGUGACUGACGUGUUUCCUCCUGAGAAGGACAAAUAUGGGUUCUACGCCCGAACAGACGCCCGACAGGGCAUCCUGGCAGCCGCCCCCUGGUUUAAGAUACCCUACCCCUUCCAGUGGGGGUUGCCCACAGUGACAGCAGCAGGGGUGAUUGGAAUGAUGAGUGCUGUGGUUGCCAGUAUUAUAGAGUCCAUUGGAGACUAUUACGCCUGUGCCCGUCUCUCCUGUGCCCCGCCUCCACCUGUACAUGCUAUUAACAGAGGGAUCUUCACGGAGGGUCUUUCCUGUGUUCUCGAUGGCAUCUUUGGGACAGGAAAUGGCUCCACAUCUUCUAGCCCAAAUAUUGGAGUGCUGGGCAUCACCAAAGUGGGCAGCAGGCGGGUAAUUCAGUAUGGGGCAGCACUGAUGCUACUUCUAGGAAUGGUGGGUAAAUUCAGCGCUCUCUUCGCAUCAUUGCCGGACCCAGUUCUGGGGGCGCUGUUCUGCACUCUCUUCGGCAUGAUCACUGCUGUUGGCCUUUCCAACCUGCAAUUUGUGGAUCUCAACUCGUCCCGCAAUCUGUUUGUCCUUGGCUUCUCCAUCUUCUUUGGCCUGGUCCUACCCAGCUACCUCAAAGGAAACCCUCUAGUCACUGGUAUAGUGCAGAUAGAUCAGGUGCUGAACGUUCUGCUUACGACUGCCAUGUUUGUAGGAGGUUCAGUGGCGUUUGUGCUGGAUAAUACUAUUCCUGGCACCCCGGAGGAAAGGGGCAUCUGUAAGAUGAAUCGUGGAAACGGCGUAUCUAAACGGGACAGAAUGGAGUCUUACGACCUUCCAUUUGGUAUGGACUUCCUGCGGCGCCAUCGCAUUUUCCAGUACCUCCCAAUCAGCCCCACUUUCGCUGGCUACCAAUGGAGCGUCCUCACCCACGGCUGCCAUAACAGAAGAGAGGACGACAUGCCAACAAAGCCAGAACUGGGAGAAAGUGGGGUAUAGUUUAGCACCAGUAUGCUUUCCAUUCCACCCAGACAGUGAAAUCCACAGUCCGGUCCCUUAACAAAAAGCCAGCUAUAAACUCUUUUCAUCCUACAAUCCUUUAAAAACUCUGUAUCCUUUUUGAUCGAGUUUGUCAUCAACACUAAAGUUGGUUCCUAGCUGUUAAUACAGCCUCUUAAAACUUUGACAGCGCAGCAUCUGAAGGUGUCUCCAUGACAACAGCGAGUGGAUGCAAUGCAGGUUGUACUCGUUCAUCUCUCUCUGUGUGGGAGAACGUGAAAACAGAGACUGACAGAUGGAAAAAUCACUUUCCGAAUUUCCAACAUCAGUGUUCCUUUUUUUGGCCUGCAUUGCUCCGUCUGCAUCCGUGUGUAGAUAAUUGGAUGUGUUUGAAUUUAAAUGACGUACUAAUGAUGUGUGCCACUAUCACACAUAUUCACAAUAAACACAAACACGCUCAAUCUCACUUUAUGCAUGGCGCAGUUCCGGAUCCCGUCAAAGCGAGAGGAUCGUUAAAGGUUUACUUAGUGAUGCAAGGUUAUUGUGCUUUACGUUUGAAUUGCACUGCUUGAGUUAACGCACACAAUGUAGUUUGCUUGUUCCUAAUUUAACUUCCGGUGUCCGAGUCUUGCUUCCAAAUCCGUAAGUACUUAAAUUGAAAUGAAAAACUGAAGUCCCAAUGCCUUCAAUUUAAGGAAAAUAAUUCAGUCAUACAAAUUAAUGUUUUAGUCAUCUCGUUUAUGUCGUUAGUUAGCUGCUAUUCUGAUUAAUAGCUCAUAUCGAAAGAAGCGUUUCUUAUUAAAUGACACCUUGAAAUUGUAGCGGA